AUGCACGGCCCAAAACGCGAAGUGGCACCGGCGCGGCAUACACUGAGUGAGCGCGUCGUGCGCGGGGCGCCAAGAGCGCCGACACCGAACCUCGACGAGGCGCGGCGUGCAAUAUCGCGCCCCGGCGAGCUUCCAGCACUGGAGUUUGCACAGCCUGCGCCUGCAACCGAGUCUGCACGCACAUUCGACGCUGCGCCUUUGUCCGCGGGCCUCCUGAGCAUGGUCCAUAGUCUUCUCGGCCCACAAGCGCGUCCGACCACUCCCCAAGCACAGGCACUCGCGCACUUUUUUCCCGCAGGCGCCGCAUCCGCUCCAGAGGCGCGCAGUACGUUGAUCGCGGCCGAGACUGGAAGCGGCAAGACCCUUGCAUAUUUGCUUCCCAUGCUUCAAAAACUACACGCGACACGCGAGAGAGAGCAUGCAGACUAUGCACACGUUGACGCAAACGGCGAGCCGCGCAUCAUGCCGCGGUGUGUCAUCCUUGCACCGACACACGAGCUUGUGCGGCAGAUUAACGAGGUAGCCAAAGCGCUCUCGCACCACCCUGACCAUAAAAUGCGCGUCGCAUGCACCAGCACCGCGUCAUGGGACGCCAUGGCGACGGGCGUGCUUGCAAAGCUCGCCGCGCGCGGCGAGCGUGCUUCAGGCGCGCCGCUCUCACCCGACAUCCUUGUCACUACGCCGAUGCGGCUCAAAGAAAUGCUUGACCCCACGCACCGCACACCGAUUUCGCUUGCCAACGUGCAAGGCAUCGUCGUGGACGAGGCGGAUACCCUGAUGGACCGUAGCUUUUCUCCAGAUACGGUGCGUGUGCUGAAUGCGUGUGCCGGCGCGAGCGCCGACACUGUGUAUGUCACAGCCACCAUUCCACGCUCGCUGACCAAGUUUUUCGAUGCGCACGUCCCGUUGCUCACAACGCUCGCAUCGCCGAACCUGCACUUGCUUCCCCCCAAGCUCACCGCAACCUUUGUCGACCCCGGCGGCUCCAAAGAAAUGGCCGUGCUCAAACAGCUCUUCCGCAUCUUUACCACGCCCAGCCACGACGGCGACCAAGUCCUCAUUUUCCGCGACAAACGCCAUGCAGUCCAGCAGCUGAGCGCCUACUUGCGCGAGCGCAACGUCGACCACAUCGCCCUUACUGGCGACGACGUGUCCAGGUUUGCACGCACGGACCCAGGCGUGGCGCGCUUCCUCCACCGCCCUUAUGCGCGGCUUGUGCACGAAAAGGAUGCACCGCGCGUGCUAAUCACCACCUCGCUCCUCUCGCGGGGUCUCGAUUUCGGGGCCCAGGUCCGCCAUGUCUUCUUGCCGGAUGCUGGGCACGGGAGCACUGCGUCUGCGCAUGCUGCGAAUAACAAUGCACUGGAGCUCCUGCACCGCGCGGGGCGCUCUGCGCGCGCAGGAAGAACCGGAAACGUAGUGGUCUUCGACCGCGCGAGUGCGCCGGGCAAGACCAAGGUCCUCAUCAACCAUCGCGGCCAGAAAAAAGGCGUCGUGCGCGGCCACAUGGACUUGCUCGUGCGCGCCCUGCGCUCAAAAAAGUCGCGUAGGUAG